GUAAAUCGUGCAUGGAUCUUAUACCCCUAUUCGUGAUACUUUUUCAAAAAUGAACAAUGAACGUUUGACACAAAGUGUCUGAAGUGGGUAUAGGCAACAGGCAUUGACUUUAACGUUCACACAGUGCAUCAGUAUUCAGUGCAAAAUACGAAGUAAAACGGAACUAAAUGUGUUAAUAAUAAAUUAAAAUAUAAUAAUUGUUAUAAUGUUUGUAAAACAAUUUUCCGGUGUCUCCGCAAUAAACAAUGUAAAAAAAUUUGUUAAUAAAUAUGAAGCUGAGAUCGAUUCAGAUUUAAAAUUUAUAAUCGGUUGGUAUACCGUAAACAUGGACCAUAAUGUACACGCGUUUAUUUUAUACCAAACAUCGCGUGAGGAUUCUGCUGCAUCAAUCCUCUUACUUUCGAAAUGUGAUUUCGACCCGCUAAAACAACAAAGAAAACCACACAUUCUAGAUUUUGUGUACACAAUCCGAUCUAGGCGAAAAAGAGGAUAUGCUGCUAAACUUAUUGCAAAAGCUCAAGCCAACUUUCAAUUUACGGUAUUCUGCAAGAAUGAUGAAACAUCCAAAAUGUUUGCAAAUUUGAAAUGUAUAAAAAAUGAUACUUUAUCUGAUUCGACUAAUUUAAGUGUAUUCCGCUGGGACAUUUGUGAAAACAAAUAAAUUAUAAAAUUUUUUUUUAA